AUGGACAAAAUAUCGCCAGAAAUUUUAGCCGCGAGGGCGAAGCUGAAGGAAAAGAUGGGAGGCAACCUGAGACAAAUCGGUGGCAAGGGAAGUGCGAGAAGGAAAAUUAAAAAGGUCCAUAAAAACUCCAUGUCCAAUGAGAAGAAAAUCAAUUUGAUAUUAAAAAAAAUCGGUGCCUCCUACUUCGGGGAGGUGGAUGAGAUCUGUGUUUACAAAGCAGGGGAUACAUAUAUGGAAUUUAAAAAACCAAAACUGUCUGCAUCGUUACAAUCCAACACCUAUGUCGUCACGGGAAAAUUCACAGAGCAGAAAAUUGAUAUAAACAAGAUAUUUGAGGGUCUCAAAGGAAAUAAAAAUGUCGAUAUGAAUCUUCUGGAGAAGAUUAAAAAUGACCCAAACAUAAAAAACCUCCUUAACAAGGAGAACAACGGGAAUGCGAAGAAAGAGGAAGCCGCGGAGGAGCCCGCUGACGUCCCGGAUCUCGUAGAGAACUUCGAGGAAGUUUCCAAGGAGGAUCAGAAGGAGUAG